AUGGCGGCGCGGAACCCGGCACGAGCGGGUUCGCGCAGUGCCGCCUGUCGCUCCACCCCUCCGUCGGCAACCCGUCCUUCUUCCUUUUCGUCUUUUCCGGAAAGUUCUUCUCGGGCGUCGCCGCGCAAUCCCGUUCUACGCAACACUCCUCCGGGUUUAGCGGCGCUCGACGCUCACGGUCCCGGCUUUUUGGAGGGCGAUGAGAGCGACGGGCUGCCGUCGCUCGAGGACUUUGCGCAACUUUUCCGGGAUAUCUCUUCUUCUUUUCCACGGGAAAAACUCUCGAGCUCGCGCAUGGAGCGCGCCGAGGCGGAAAGAGUGUCGCCUGUGUCGCAGUCGAAAUCGACGGAAGCGACACCGGAGAAAACACACAGCGUCCCGUCACUUCGGCUCGCCAAGCGACAGGAAGAACCGACCAGCGAAGCCCACACCCCACUCAACGCUUCUCUGCCAAAGAUCGGGAAAAAAGAGGUUCUGGCCUGGGCCGAAGAAGUUACUGGACGCGAGAAUUUGUCUUUCUCGACGCUCAAGGAAGGGGGGGUUUUGCUGGAACUCUUCGCACUAGUCUGGCCGCGUCUCUUGGAAAAACACCACGACAUCUUUCGGGCCUCAAAACCGUCUUCCGCCGGAUCGGCUCUCGCUUUUUUCCACCCCUUUCCCCGGGCAUCCAGCGAGGAAGAUCACAACUGGGCUUUGAUUGAGAAAGUGCUAAAAGACGCAAACAUUCCGCCGGCGUUCUUCGCGCGCGACCGAAUUGCCAAGGAAUGCCUCACAGGCUGCUACCAAGCCUUGGUCGUUUUAUUUUUCCUUUACACGCUAGCCAAGGACCAUGCAUGCGAGUUCGUGAUGGCCCAUCCUGUGGACGAGUGCGUCACGCGCUUUAUGUCCAGUGAGGAACCCCUAGCUUGUCUGAUCGAGGCAGGGAGCGUGGUUCUUAGUUCGCCGUCUCCCCUCUCUUCUUCGGAGGGACACACGAAACAGUUGCACAAUGAUGGAAAGGGCGAACGCCGAAAACCCAGAAACUCUGCUCGUUCGCACCAAUCCUCUGAAGAGGAAAGUCUCCUGUCUGAGGACGCAAGACUCGACCAACGAGAGAGAGACGAAGACGCGAGAGAAAAAGGAAGAAAGGGAAGAGACUCCCGACCAACCCCGAGGAAGUCGGGUCUGUCGACGGCGUCUCCCGCUGGGAAUGCAGGCCACUGGAACGCCUUGGAAGAGGGCGAGACACGCAGGCUCGCAGGUUUGGAUUCUGCGAAGCGAAGAGGAAAGAGCGAGGACGACGAGAGAAAACAAAUGCACUUUCGAUACAUUUCAGAGGUGUCUGCCUGCAGACCAAACGCGAAAGGCUCUCUCGCGAUGAAUAUGGAAAGACUGAGUGAUUAUUUAGACGAGAACAGCCGGGCGCUGCCAGAUUUCUGGAACCGACAAGGAGGGAGCAGUCAAGGCCUCGCACGCGAGGAGACGCAAACUUCAGAGUCUUUCUUGCCGUCCUCUCGCAGAGCCAUCCGCCGUUCUGUGUCCUUGGCAACUCCCUUUCCUGCACGUCCCUCCCGACCGCCCCUAGAUGAGGAAGAGCGCGCCUCGAAGCACGAAGGACGACGGUCGCCUGCGAGAGGCGCCCGAAGAUCUUCUCUGUUUGCGGAACUCCGUUCUGUAGAUCUCCAGGAAGCAGAGGGGAUAGCGCGAGAAGCGAAGCAUCGCUUGCGGUGUCUCUCUUUGACUUCCUCGUCAGACGACGAGCAAGGAACGGAGAGAAAAGGGAGACACUUUUCUUCCGUCCACGUUCCUCCGGCGGGAUUGAUCUUGCGGUCGAAUGGACACGCCGCUCCAACCAACGAGGACUCUUCGCUGGCGUCUCCGGCCGGCUCGUUUUCCUCUGCUGGAGCGCAGCCUCGGCAUGCCCAAAGAGAGGCGGGGCGAGCGGAGAAAGAGGGCAAGAGGGAGAGACGUGAGAAACGAGGCAGGAGGACAAGAAAGAGGAGUGCAGGAGAAGGCUCCGACUCCUCGGGAUCGUCCGAAGGUAGCUGCGAGCAGCGAAGAGCCCGGAAGAAACGGGACGGGAGGGCGGCCGACGACGAGUGUGGAGGCCAGGAGGAACAGAGCAAAGCUGGCAGAAGAUCUGGCUUCUGUUCGCCCCACUGGAAGCCCCAGGAACGCGAGAGGAAGGACAAACGCCGGCAUUUGUCGCCAGAUUCGUCCCCGAGAGAAACGUCGAAAUCCACAAAACCUUGCUCGUCGUGCUCGGCCUCGUGUGGCUCGUUCUUCGGCGAUGAGAAGGACAGGUGGUGCGCCAAGGCGAAGCCCCAGGACUGCUCUUCGCGAGAUCUGAAGUCGCCUCCCUCUCCCUGUUGCUGUCCCGUUUCUCCGCGCCUCUCGACUUCGCAUGGAUCGCCGGCGCCGCAGUCUGCUGCAGGCCACGCACCUUCUCAGCCGCUGUCGCCGCGUCGCUUUGCUCCGUGGGCGGAACUGUCGCUGGGGACGUGUCUCGCGCUCCCCCUCGACCGCAUCGACUGGGGCGACCGGUCAGCCUCUGCGUUUCGAGUCAAAGGCGAGAAGCUGCUGCAAGCUCUGCGCUACCAAGUCUCGCUUCUCGCCUCGCAGCUGUCGCACAAUGAAGAGGAGAUAAAGGCCCUGAAGCGCCAAGGCGACUCGCUGCUGCAGCGCGAGAAGGAAGAGCGGGAGAUGGAGGUCCAGCGACUGAAGGAGCAGCACGCCGUCGAGAUUCUCGAGUUGAAGGCCGUGCAUGCAGCGGCGCUCCAGAAGGAACGACGGAAAAUGGAAGACCGGCUCGAACAACUCGAGGACGAUGUGGCCAUGGACAUCAGUGUCAUCUCGGCGCCCCUGACGGGCGCUGAGCUGGCGAGCAAAGAGAACCCGAGACGGCACACUCGAGCGCGGGAAGAGGCCGACUUUGUCCAACUUCGAGAGAAGACGGAGCGAGAAGACCGAGGCACGGCGGACUCGAGAGAACGCUCGCGGGCGGCCCUCGAAGCCACGAAGGACAGCACCUCCGAGGACUCCAAGAGGCGAGCGCCCAACCCGGGCUCGCCUGGCGUCGCUGCCUCUGAAGCAAAAGAGUCGGGGCACAGGACAGCUCUAGCUCUGGAGAAGGUCCAGCAACUCCAGGCGCUGAUGGACGAGCGCCUGGCGUGCCGCGACCAGACCCUGAAGGAGACGCAGCUGGCGGUGCACAAUCUGCAGAAAGACUGCCGCGCGCUGCGUCUCGCCUCGGACCGUCGCUGGACGUCUUGGCGCCAAGUCUCGCAGUUCCGUGAAGCGCUCCUCUUUCUUCUGUCUCCGCUGACUCGCAGCUCGGGCGGCGCGCCGCACCUAGCGGACGAAGGCCCCACGACCCAAGAAGAGACCAAAGUGCGAGGCGGGCCAGAACCCGUGCGGCUCCUCUUCCCGACAGGCAGCGCAGGCCUGAAGGCCGUGGAUCAGCUGCGGUUUGCGAGCGUCGGGGACGGCGUGGCUGAGAAAAUGCAGUCUCUCAACCAGUCGUUCGCCGCCGAUCUCGCUCAGGCUCUCGAGUUCUCUCUCGGGUGGACCUUCCCUACACAGCCUGCCCUCAAAACUGCAGAGCAGCGUCUCGGGGACGACGCGAAGGGCUGCCCACCCUUCGCGUUUGCCUCAGCCUGCGGCCGCUGCGACGGUUCCGCGGCUGGCGGCACAGACCUCGAGAAGGCGCUGCUGGCGACUCUCGUGCAAGGCAUGUCCCUUCUUCAUCUCGAGCGCAUGCAGCACAAACAGCGGGAAUUCGCGCUGCUGAGGAAGAUCCACUUGGCAGAUUUAACCGAGCGCGAGGCGGGGAGGCGAAACGAGGACGCCGCGGAACUCGGCGUCUCGGAAGCUCGGGAGGCAGAGACUCCCUCGCGCCGCGACGGGUGUGACAGCAACGGGGACUUGCUCGGGGAGCUUCUCGGGGGAAACGUCGAGAAGGAACUCGCUCUGGAAGAAGAACUGAAGCGGUCCAAGUUGCAGAAUGUGCGUCUUCGGCGAACGAACGAGUAUUUGCGGAGGAAAGUGAACCACAUUUUGCGCUGGAAAGAGCAGGGUCAGGCCUUCGAGGCCGACUGCGCCGCAGCGGAGGCGGCAUGGCAGGCCUGGCGGAGCCGCGAAGGCCGCGGGGAUUUGGACAAGGCGGAAAGCGAGAGCGGUAGAGAAGAGUGCAGGCAAACGCGCGGAUCGGCGGCAACCACGACGACGACGGCUGCAGCGGAAGAUUUCGGAGAGAGGAUCGCUGGAGACGACACCCAACGGGGCCACGAGAGUGGGGAAGAGUCGCACUCUCGCGCAGGCGCCGCUCGUCUUGCGUCUUCCGCGGAGAGAGAUGCCGAAGGCGCGCGCGGAGCGUCGCGCGAAGGCGCUCGAGGCGACGGUUCGGCUCCCCGCGCUUCAUCUGUCUCGGAAGGAGGCGCCUUGCGCUUCUGGAUUCCUGCCCUCGUUGUGGAGGAAGAAGAGACGACUCAGCGAGACGCGACGCUUCUUCACCUCCUCUCGACCCUCGGGACCGUGGAGGCGGAGAAAGACGGUCUCGAAGGCCGGACCACGACGCGCGAUUCGGAAGACUUGGACGGCGAGAAGAGACUGGCAAUCUCGAUCGACACGAGGGACCAACUUUUGCGCCUCUUCUGGGAGAUGCUCGGCGACUUCUAUCGCUACCGCGUGCAACUGGCCGAGAGCCGCCGGCAACUGUUGAGGCUCCAGGACGCCGUGGCGGUGAGUGUGGACGAGAAGCGGCGAGCGGAACAGCUCGGGCGGGAAGCCCUCGAGACGAUGCACACCUCGCUGAGAGCGGAGAUCGACAAGGAGCGCAACAAAUUCUACCGCCUCAUCGGACGCCAGCGCGUCCUGCUCCAAGUGUCCGAGGACCAGCUGGCGGCGCGACACCGCGAGGAGCAGUGUCUCCAAGACGAACUCGCCGGCUUGACCUCUCUCCUUCACGAGGCUCAACACAAGAAAUUUUCUGCCAUCCUCGGUCACCUGCAAGCGCUCGACACUUCGAACAGGACGCUGCAGAGGCGCGAGCGGCUGUGGCAGGAUCUCGCCAAGUUUCUGACGCUGCAGCUGCGCCGGCCGUGCACCGAGAACCAGACGGCCAUUCAAGAUCUUUGGGCGCAGAUCUCCGGCGCGAAGACCAUUCUUAUCGCCCACACGUCUCGACCGGGUUCUGCACUGGCCGACUCGAUCCCGCGCACGCCCAGCGGCCCGAGCUCCGCGCGGAUGCCUGUCUCCACGCGCUCGGCGUCUUCUGGGCGUCCUCCGGUGCCGCGGUCUGCGCGGCGUCACCAGAGCCUCGCGGGUCCGACCGCGCGGGCGACGCGGCGCGACAGCGAAGACGAUCGGGGACGAGGCGCGAGUCACCGCGCGCAGGCGUGCGCGUCUCCCUCGGCCUCGUCUGGGGCCGAGCGCGAGAAAGAGGCAGCCGAGGGAGAAGAAACGUUCGAGUCGACCUUCGGGGCGUGCCUGGACCAGAUUGCGUGUGCGAAGCAAGGCGAAGAACGCAUCUCCCGACCCCACGAGGAAGAAGACCUCGCCCGGGAACUAGGAUGUAUCGACGCACAGGCGAAAGAAGGGGACGGGACCGAGACGGCGGAGCCUGGAGAGCAGUGUGAGCGCGACAGAGACACGAGUCUCCCGAGCAACUGGGUCCAGCUGUUGAAGGCGAUGACUCACGAGGCGGUGGCUCUGUACACUCAGCAGCUGCAAGACAAGCAGGAGCAGUUAGUCUCUCUGACGCGAGACGUGGACGACGCGCACGAGAAGAACAAGCGACUCCAUCUCCAGCUCAGCGAGAAGGCUGCGGCGCUCAAAGUCCUCGAGGAACACAGAGACGCCCUACAGUCGCGGCACACCGUGGCUCUCGAGACGAUUGAGACGCUGCACGCGGACUUGCAUGCACAGAAGCAAGAGAAGCGAUGGAGCGCGGAAACGUGGCGACGAGACUACCUCCACUUGGAGACGGCGUUCAAAGAGCUCCAGGCGCUGUCCCGCGUGGUUCGGGACCACCAAGAAGUCUUUCCUGCGUUUCCGGCGGUCAACUCGCAACGCCUUUACUCAGAAAAAGAGAGCUCCGCAGAGAGACAGACGGUGAGCGAAGCACGAGAAGAAGGUGUCGAGCCGAAAGAAGAACAAGGGCUCUGGGCAAAAAAAGAAGAAAACCUCGGGGCGAAAGGAGAAGAAGGCCUCGGGGCGAAAGGAGAAGAAGGCCUCGGGGCAAAAGGAGAAGAAGGCCUCGGGGCGAAAGGAGAAGAAGGUGUCGAGGCGAAGACGAUCGAUGGCGAGAAGGACAGGAGCAGACCUGCGAGGGAAGGAGAGGAAGACCGUGGCGCGGCGACGCAACCAGAAGAGGAGCCGGAGAAGGAAGUCGCGAGUCCUCCAGUGAGAAAGCACGCCGAUCCGUGUGGAAACGGAUGCGAGCCAUGCAAGAAAGUCGCGGAAACUCCGCGGAAGGAGUUCGCUUCGUCCCCGGCGGUUUCAGAGUCUCAGAAAGAAGUCGCUCCGAAAGAGAACCCCACAUCUUCCCCUCUGCCGCGAUCGUCCCAGUCCCUCCAAGAAGCUUCAUCUCCGCAUUCGUCUUCUCUUUCUCCCGCGGUGACGCCUCUUCCAGCGCCAGGGAAUAGCCACGCUUCCGGCGCUUCUUCUUCCUCGUCUUACCCUUUCCCCCUUCCUUCUUCCAUGGCGGUCUCCUCUGCGUUUCCCACCACGCCCGCGGAGUUGGCUCCGUUCUUCUCUUCUCUCUUCCAGCGCGCGGGCGUUCCUCCCUUCUCGCCGACGCCGAACGCGCUCCAGGCCGACGCGCUGUCUCUGGAGCUUUCGCGCGUCCAGGCCCAGCAGGCGCUGCUGCAGCUGCAGGAGAGGGCUCUGGUUGAGCAGAUCGCGAACUCUCUGCAGGACACGACGACGACGGAGAAGACAGACUCUCACGAGGUCGAGCGUCUGAUCUUUGAAGGACCUCCGCACUUUCCGAGCGCCGAGGACCCGCCGCUUGCUCGGCCCGCUCCUUCCUUCGCCUCCCCAGCCGCGUCUGUGCCUCAACCCUCCUGCAUGCAUCCUUUCCCCCCCUUUUCUGCGGCAGCCGCUUCGGGGCCCGCGCUGCCUCGCCUGCCUCUGCAUGUGUUGGGGAUCACGGCGCGAGAGAGCGACGAGCGCGCACACCGCCACAGCCCGGCCCCGCCGACAGACGUGGAAGCUCCAGCUGUCUCGACUUCGCCUCUUGAUUCCCUUCUCUCUCCGACGUCGUCGCAGGCAGAGGGACCGACGCUCACGGACCCCGGCGUCGAGGACAGUGAGACCGCGCACAGAGAAACAGCGGACCAGGCAGGUAUCACAGGAGUCUCCUCGCAUGCAGAGAGACGGCGGCCUUUCGAGAGGCGCGACUCUGGCCCCUCGGCGAGGUUUCCGCAUCCUCCGCUGGGCUCGGACUUUCCGGUCGGUUCGGCGCCUGACGCGCUCGCCGAGGCGCACGGGGCCGCGCAACAAAGCAUCGACAGUUUCUUCCUGCAGCAGCGAGAACUCAUGCUGGCUUACAUUAAAGAGAUGCGUGAGAGGCGCGGAGGCGCAACCGGUCCACGUGGCCAAGCCAAGCAGGCUGCGGGGACCGAGAACGCCGACAAAGAAGACACGGCUGAGAACGGCGAAGAGGGUGAAGAAGAUGGCGAAACUCCCAGCGAGAACAGGGGAGAGGGGCGGGAGUUUCGGGACGCGCGUGGGGGCGAAUCUGAGGAGCGACAGAGCUGUUUGAGAGACAUUGAGAGCGGGACACUGGACCGGCUGCAUGCGCUGCAGGAAGCCCUCCAAGAUCGCGAGUCCUCACUGUCUGGGGACCGAUGCAGUGAGCGCGAGAGAGAGACGGAAGUGGAACAGCAGCUGAUGCUUCAUCGCCACCUGCUGUAUCGGCUGCGGUCGCAUCUCGUCGAGGAGCACCGGAAGAAGCUGGGCCUCCACUCUCUGUCUUCCUGCUCGUCGCCUUUCUCUCAAGGAUCGGGAGAGGGCACUGAGCCGUCCCCACAGUCCCCAUGUGCGUCGUUCCUCUCGCAAGAACACGGUUCCCCCAGCAGUCAACUGACCACGACAACCAACCCGACAACCGUCAGAACGACCGACACUGCGUCGUGUUCCGGAGAGGCCCCAGCCGCUUCGUCGUCAGCAUCCGCACCCUCUCCUCCAUCUUCCUCGUCUUCUUCCUCUUCCUCUUCUUCCUCGUCUUCUUCCUCUUCCUCGUCUUCCUCUCCUGGAUCUUCGUUUUCCAAGCAGACCGCCGUGGAAGCGUGGGAAGCGUUUGUCGCGGCGUACAGGUCGGGAGACAAGACGGUGGGGGUCGGCCCUGAAGGCAAGGAUGGACCCGAGAGGGGAAACGGGGCGCGGAGCAAUGACGUCUCAGAGAGAGAGGAAGAAGAGCGAACCGGGGGGGACACGGGGGUGCACUCGCGGCUCUGCGGAGAGACAGCGACAGACACCCCAGCUGGACCGCGUGGCGCCGCGCGUCCCGACUCGCCACGCACGCAGUCUCCCGGGCGAGAAGGGAGACGCGACAGCGCGGGAGAGCGCGCGCCUGAACUGGAGCAAAGAGCAGGCGCAGGAGAGGAGAAGGAAAACCCCGCUCCCGAGAGGGAGGGGUGCGUGAGCCAGCGCGAAUCUGAGCGGGAAGAGGCGACCGAGCGCAGGAGACAUCUCGCCGCAGCGCUGAGAGACCGGGACGCGCGGGAGAGACACGAGACGCUCGAGCCUGCAGAUGCCGCAAGGGCCGGAGGACGCCUGGAUCGCAGAGAGGAAGGCGAAGAGGGGCGGGGCGCAGCGACUGGGAGUCGCUUCGUCGCGAGACGCGAGAGCGAGGCCCACCCGGAUCUGGCGUCGCCUUUUCCCGGACGACCCGGCCGGUCGGCUUAUAUUCGGCGUUUCGAGCAGAGCGACCGUGACACCUCGCCGUUGUUGUACCCGCGCGCGCCUCCGAAUCCUCGCUCGCCUCAGCAGCGGUGCGCCGCCUCUGCUCUUCGCCCGGAAGAGUCGGAGAUGCCCCCGCGGGAUACGACAUCGACAGACAGUGGCCUCCAAGAAGUUUUGGAUGUGGAGUCGGGCUUUGCAGCGGCGCGUGUGGGAAAGGCCAUGUUUGUGCAGGACUGCCCUCUCGAAGACGACGAGCAGAGCUCCCUGGCCUCGCCGUUCGCCUCCCGGCUGUCUGCGUUUUUGAAGGCCGACGAAGGCUUCCCGGCUCCCGCGUGGCCGUCGCGCGCUUCGCGCUUUGAGACAUCCGCGUUGGGCGCGUCUCCCUCCGAGGCAACUUCGCGUAUGGCCUUGCUCCAGCAGAGACUGUUGCAGCGCGGCACUGAGCGCUGCAAACCUGUCGGCUCCACGCCGCCGCUUCCUCGCAAGAACCCGCUGCUCGACUGGGACUUGCGCAAGAGCCGACUCGGACUCGACAGCCAGGAAGCGGUCGUGGGAGGACGAGGGGCGAGCCUUGCCGGUCGCAGCUCUCACUCCGCGUUCCUCCUCUCUGGAAGUCGAGAAAGUGAAAACGCUCGCGACGUAGCGCCGCCGCUCUUCGCGCGCACCAAGGCCGAGAGACUCUCCGACUGUUUCCAGACGUCUGUCGACGAUGUUUUCGUGCAGGACGACGUGAACCAAAUCACGCUGAAUGUGGGGACUGCGCUGAACCGCCUCGGAGCGACACUCGAAGCCGACUUGCGACUCGCCACAACGAAGAAGAAAAACCUCUGA